AUGGCGACCGAAGAUGCGCGUUACCGGCUCUCCACGCAGUAUCGAUUAUGGUCCUUCUCCCCGUCGAAACUAGCGGAGCUCCGCGAACAGACGAACUCUCUUGCACGAACCCACAUCACCAGCCGCCUCAUCGAGACGAAGCGAGUUGAUACAGAAGUCGAGCCUUUGCCCGAAUUCUUGACACCCGCUGAAGAAACACAGCUGCUGAAGGUCUUCACGGUUGACCUCAUUCGUGCGGCCGAUUUCUGCGGCCUGCCAACCGAAGUCAGAGCCACCGCGACUGUCUUCUUGCGUCGCUUUUAUACCACCAACUCCAUCAUGACAUAUCCGCCUCAGGACGUCCUCAAGACAUGCUUGUUCUUCGGAAGCAAGGCGGAAGGGUUGUACACAAGGCUCGCAAAACUUGCCGAAAAGUUUCCCAACACGACCGAGGAGGAGAUCUUGGCCGGGGAGUUCCUGCUUUGUCAGGGUGUCAGGUUCGCUUUCGACGUCCGACAUCCCUUCCGUGCACUGGAAGGCGCCAUACUUGAACUUCGACGACACGCCGACCUCGAGAAAGCUCGAAUCGACUCGGCUCAUUUCCGUGCGCGGGCUGUGCUAAAAUUCAGCUCCCUCGUUACCGAUGCAUACUUUCAUUACACGCCUAGCCAAAUCAUGCUGGCUGCGCUUUCGCUUACCGAUCGAGGGUUGGCCGAGAGGCUAGUCCAGAGCGCGUUUUCCCCUAGCCAGAACAAUGCUUCAAGCGAAGACGGAGUAGACUCUACGGCGCGACACGAUGUACGAGACAAGGUGAUGGAUGCAAUAGAAUCGUGCCGAGAAAUGCUAGCGACCGAGCCUCCUGAGAGAUUGGACGAGUAUUGGGGAACUCCGGAGAGUACCAAAUUGAUUAAACCGCUCUUGCGAAAGCUCAAGAAAUGUAGGGAUCCUGAUCGGGCCGAUCUCGUGGCUCUGCAGAAAGCUAGACGCGAGUUGGCAUCGCAGAAGGAUCCUCGGCGUCCGAAGACCGAGGGCGACGGUGGGAAUGGCAGGGCACUCGGCGGGAACGAUGCGCGGGACGCCAAGCGGAGGAAAGUCGCUGAGGGCGACGACGUCUUCGGGCCGGCGUUAGGCUAG